GACAAGCCAAAGGCGCAAAGCGUUCAGUUACAUCGCAGCACAAUGUCGCCCAGUGCUGCAGUUCUCAUUCCCCUCGCAGCGGCAGUUCUGCUUCGUCCUGUGGUCGGUCAAACGCAAUGCGGCGGCAAUCUGUACACUCCGGGGACGCUCAACUUCACUCUGGAGUGCUACAAUGCGUUUCAGGACUGCGUCGCUCAGUUUGAGGCCAACGCAAGCCAAGUCGACUGCAACGACGGCAAGGGAAACCUGUUCAUGCAACAACAGGCCAACUUGGGGGCCUCGCCAGGAAGCCAGAACAACGACGCCAUCAUUGCCUUUCAGGACAUUCGCGAUCUCUGUCUGCUCAGCGGUUCAACAACUGCAACGUGGGGAUAUAGCGACAACCAGUGGUAUUGGGCGGCUGCCGAAGAUGCCUGCUACACAAACGAUCCCACGAGGACCGACGUUGUCAAGACUCACCCGGCGCCGUUUUGCAUCCAGAACCGCGACUCUUCACUGCCUGAGUGCUACCCACAGCCGGAUGCCACCCCUCCCGGCGGCCCACUCAAGGUCAUCAAGACGGCCAAGACGCGAAACGGGUUCAAGUCCUCAGCCCGAGGCUGGAAUACCUACGGCGUCCAAGCUCUGGUCAACGGUUCCCAGGUCGUGCCGUCCUUUGCUGGACAGUCGGGUCUGUUCUACACCCAGAAGUUCGUCGAGACUCAGUGUGGAGUUCUUGCCCGACCCGAGUUCAAGAAGGCUGGGUACGAUCUCUGCAGCCUUGAUUCGGGUUGGCAGGCUACUACCGCCGUUGAUCAGCAUGGUCGAAUCAUCUACAACACCACGCGAUUCAACCUCCCCGAGCUUGCUUCAUGGCUACACAAGAGGGAUUUGAAGCUCGGCGUAUACAUUACCCCUGGCGUGCCAUGUCUGGCUCACAACCAAACCAUCCUCGGCACCAACAUCAAGAUCAAGGAUGUCUUGAAUGGGAACAACGAUCAGAUCAACUGUGACUUUGACUUCCGCAAAGAUGGUGUCCAGCAGUGGCACGAUUCCGUCGUCGCACAAUGGGCUUCCUGGGGCGUGGACAUGCUCAAACUGGACUUUCUGACGCCUGGCUCCCCUUCCAAUGGCGCAAACCUCGCGUGUGACAGUUCAGAUGCUGUUCGAGCAUACCAGAAGGCAAUCAAGAAGUCAGGACGAAAAAUUCGCCUCGACAUCUCGUGGAAGCUUUGCCGCAACGAAACCUGGCUACCUAUCUGGAGCGACCUUGCUGAGUCAAUGCGCACUGAUCAGGAUCUCGACAACUACGGCACCAACACUUUGAUGGCAUGGCAGGUCGGCCAGCGCGCGAUUGAGAACUACAGGCAGUACAUCGGUUUGCAAGCGCAGAGAAAUGUCCCCCUCACGAUCUAUCCUGAUAUGGAUGCUCUUUUCACGGUCAACCCCGAGCAUCUCGCCGGUGUAAACGACACUAUUCGCUAUACGGUUCAGAACCACUGGCUUGGAGCUGGCGCCAACCUCAUCAUUGGUGGCGAUAUGGAGCAGGUCGAUGCUCUGGGGCUCAAGCUGACUACCAGCAAGCAAUCGAUUGAUGCGGCAGACUUUUUUGCAAAGUAUCCCAUGCAGCCUCGUAACCCCGGAACCGGAAGCAACGCCGCCAAGCAGCUCCAGGCCUGGAUCGGUGGCCCUUCGGAUGACCACGAGGCUUAUGUGCUCAUUGUCAACUACGGGCCAGACUUGGGGAAUGGUGGCUUUUCAACCAAGCUGUAUGGAAAGCAGAAAGUGACAGUGUCGUUGAAGGAUCUUGGUAUCUCUGGCUCCGCCUGGACUUUUACCGACAUAUGGUCCGGCAAGUCCAGCAGAGUGACUGGGUCCUACUCUGCCUGGCUCACCGAGGGCGAGUCCCAGCUUCUGCGCCUGAAAAGGACUCACUAGUGAACACGAAGACGUAUAGAGGUUUCUAGAGUUUAGCGAAGCAAUACACUUUAUAAUCCCU